AUGAUAGAACAUCAACAUCAUCAGUUAAAUAUAAUUAAUAACCUAAUACCACAUCAUUAUCAAAUUGAUAACGAUACGCCACUUGACGAUCAAACAAAGUCAACGUUGUUGUGUAGUCUUGAGGAUAGUUUGAUCAAACUACAACAACAACAAUAUGAUGAAGUUGAUGAUGUUGAUGAGAGUGAUGCACAACAUAAACAUGUUUCAUUGGACUUGACAUUACUUGAAACAGUAAUUAGAAGAACGAAUAAUGAGGAUGUAGCCACAAUCAUUGAUCACAUCUAUAGUGUCCUCAUCAGUUUGAUCAAUGACCAAUCAUUAUCAAAAGAUAACAUCCUAAUACAUAUACUAAAGGCUGUAUAUCUCUUUAUUACAUUGAGAUAUGAUCAUUAUGUUACAUUCACAUCACUUGGAAUACAUUCAUUGAUGAACAAGUUAGUCAUGGCAAAUCAAUGGAGUGAGACGGUGAAGGGUACAGGUCAUUCGAUAUUGGACCAGAUGCAGUUAUACAAACGAAACACAAAGGUCCAUCAGGAGAAGAGUGUAGUCUUUGACAAACUGAAUGGUAGUGGAUCACGCGUGAUAAAGAUCAGUCAACUCUGUUAUGGUGAUGCUGGAUUGGGCUGGAAGAUAUGGGACUCGUCAUUGGCAUUGGCCGAGAUCAUCAUUGCCAAUGCAUCGCGACUGAGCAACACCAAUGUACUCGAGCUGGGCAGCGGAUGCGGACUGACCGGGCUCGUUGCCAGUCUCUACUGUCGCAAGAUACUGAUGACGGACUAUGUGGACAAUGUUCUGGAAAACAUUGGACUCAAUGUUCAACGAUUCCAACAGGAGCAGAGGGAUCUGGGCCACAUCGAUGUGUGCAAGUUGGACUGGAGCGAUGACGAUCACCAGCUGGGCGAGUUUGAUUGGAUCAUUGGAUCGGACCUUAUAUACACACAGAGCGCAGCCAAUCGCCUUCCAUCAAUCAUUCAUCGACACCUACAUGUAGGUGGUACGGCAAUACUAGUGUUACCAGCUUGUCGCGAGGGUAUUGCAUUGUUUGAAGAGAAUGUCAAAGGAGGACAUGACUUGGAGAUUGUACACAAACAACUAAUUGAUAAUCAAGGCGAUGAUGGUACACUACUAUGCUACAUCAUUGUUAGGCUGCGG